AUGCGUAUAUUACUCUAUUUGUCUUAUCGUGACUACGCUAUUAAAGGCAAUUUUCCGUCACCCUCUCUAUUUGCAACUGAUAUAAACUACGUCCAAGAUAUAAUUGAAAAAUCUAUUCUUAAGUUUUGUCCUAGUCGUCGACCAAAUAUUUUAUUAUCAACAUAUACCGAAUGUUUUGUUCAUUCCAUAUGUAAUACGGCAACAAUCGACUUUCAAUUGCCUGGCAAACAAAAAAUAGAAGAUUUAAAUACGCCAUGGUUCAAAUUUAAUAUGAAUAAAAUUCUAUAUGAUAGUAAGCGAACAAUGAGAGUUUUAGAUGCAAAAUUUGUUCACGAUGCAUUCGAUCCAAAAUUAGCAACAAAUAGAACAUAUAUUUAUCGUUUUAUUUCUGGUGAAUAUCCAGUAUUGAAUACAAUUGAAGAACAUUUAACAACUUAUAUUCCGUGUCAACGAGAACAAUCAUUGUGUUUAAAUCGAUUAAAUGAAGCCAUAUCUAUUAUAAACAAUAAUAUGUAUGAUUAUUCGUCGUUCACAACACCUGAAGCACGUCAGUUAUUAAAACAAAAUCAAGUAUCAACAAAACGAAAAUUAAAAGUAAAAAUGUACGAUAGUACUCAAUUAUUUCAAGAGGUUGAUAUAAAUAAAAAGAACAAAAAUCAUGCAUUUUCUAUUGAAUUAACAACAUCAAAUUUUUUAUAUCAAAUGGUUAGACGAUUGUCAACAUGUUUAAUUCAAAUUGGACAAGGACUUUUGAAUUUAAAUGAUCUAAAAUCAAUGUUAACUCAUCAAAUGGAGUAUCAACCAAUGGACGGAUUGUUAAAUUUGAAUGGACUCUACUUGAAAAAUGUGGAGUAUAAUGAGAGAGAUUUUAAUCGAUAUGUAACUGUCACAACAUCAACGACAACAACAUCAUCAAAACUUAGAAAAAUAGAUCCACUUGCGCCCAUAAUGACUGGGGAGGAAUAA